AGGUUAGUGGGAGAAGAAUCAGACGAGAGGAUGCAGCGCGCGCCUCUAGCGGCUGCUUUUUUAUCCUCCCUCUGUCUCACCUUCCUGGUUGUCAUCACCCUCAUCUCCCGCCCGAGGGCCCAAGUGGACUUGUCAAGUGCGGGAGCAUGGCCGCGCGUCGGAGAGGUCCUUCACAACGUUAGGGUGGAGCAUCCUCGUCGAUCCAGAGCACACAGGAUCAGGAAGGGGGAGCCGCUGGUGACGGCUAAGAGCGAGGAAGAGGCAAGAGAGGAGCUGAAGGGCACCAGCAUCCCGGCUGCGACCCAGCAGCUGAGAUACACUGGAAGCUAUGCCGACACGUCAUACGUUGUCAACGCUCCCGCUGGCGAUCCCGCAACGGUGUACGCACAUCACAGCAUCUGGCCGGCGAAGGUAGACCCGAAGAUGCCGUACAUUGAGACGGUUCAUGCAGAUGGGACUCCCUACAUGCAACCGCUCACAGUCUACGCUCCCCCCGGAGGCGCCGUUCUUCCUGAAGCAGACAACGCUCCUCUUGACAACACGGUGUAUCAGUGCCAGCCGUCGGGGUACAUGAUUGGACCCGUCGGUUAUCAUUGCACUCCUGCGUGCAAGGACAGCGCACUCUGGCGGUCGGAUUACGGAGACUGCUCUGUCUACCGGUCAGCCAUCAAGCCAGGAGGCUUCAAGGACUAUUGCGGGUCCGACAAGGACAUCGCUGGAGUCCCAGCAACCGUCGCCUGUCCCGUCUCCUGUGGAACUUGCGGCAUCGGCCUCUGCUACGUCAAGGAGAAAUUCAAGGCUUGCAAGCUGAGCACGUAUUCGACCGAAGAGUCCGAGGAGACUGUCGCAUGA